UUUCAGAGCAGCACACACGCAUAGAUAUAACAUAUCCCCAGGUAUCGACGAUAAAUGCAUUCAGAUACAUAGGUGCCUGUGAUCAAGCCUGAUCUCGCAGCGGCACGCCCGUCGAAACGGUCCACGCCCAAUGGUGAUACCAAUAUAAGCAGACCGUGGUCGGGCCGCCGCUGCGAUCCAACGAAAAAUUUGUGCCCCAUUAUGGAAGACGCAUGUAUGCAACCAACGUUCCGACAACAAACAAAGAUGUCCGGCAACUGCAGACGCGUUAAAGAUAUGAGAGCCGAGCUAGCCGAGUUCGCUCAAACCAGAUCAGCGGAACACCGUUGGCCGCUGAAGAACCUCGUCCUGCGGUGCGCUGCGCACUCGGCAAAAAGUGAGCUGCCCUGUCGUGACAAUCAUACCGAUGCAUCGGCCUGUCGUCAUAUGCUACAUGCGAAAUUUCUCCCAAGUGCCAUCGCAGGCGGGUUCAUUAGACAACAGGAGUCUGCUGAUCACAAUCAAGUCAACCACAUUGAUGUGCGUCAAUGCUAUUCACGCGUGGCCAUACCAUGUAUAUCAGACACGACAUCGUCUGGUUGUCGGUGGAGAAGCUUCACACAGACAAGCUUGUCUCAACAUGUGAACCAUUGGCAAUGCGGCAGAUCAUAAGACGAGAUAUAUCUCAAAUUCUGACGCUCCGAGAUGUCUCUGUAGAUGCGUGCUCGGGCGAUAUACAGUG